ACUCCACUUGGAUUACCUUCAUGACUCCAUGCCCGAAUCCCUCUAAGGGCCAUGUAAUCAGUCAUUUUAUAUCCUUGGAUACUGAAGUGCAGAGCAAGAUAUCUUGAUGAUGGCCAAACAGAUGGUAUCAGCAGAUGCUGCUCGAGGUGUGGAACAAAUAAAGUUCCCUAAAAGGAAACAGAAAGGAAUGAAAAGAGUUAAACAAGAAAAUGAGUUGAUAAAAAAUCACUUGUCUCCUUUGCCACAGCAGGGUCAGACAUCUUCAGUGGUCACUUGUAUAGAAUCAUCACAGCCUCAGGAAGCCCUACACGCCAAACAAUGUACAGAACCUAUAAAUCUGUCAACAAAGAAGAGAUCUCAUAAAAGAAAUGGACAAGAAAAAAUAUUCCAUUGGAGUGGCACAAAUCAGAAAAUGUCAGAUUCACACAUGGAAAAUUUGAUGUUUGCAGCUGUAGAUAGGAUUAUCCAUUCACUGGAAGAUAUUGCACAUAAUAGAGCAUCCCAGAUUCCUGUAAAGAUCCUGUCUCGCCUGAUUACCCAGCUUGAUAGGAGGAUGAAAGCAGCAGUGAUGGAUUUCAUCCUGGAGGACAUAAAAAAACGUCAUCACUUGGCUUUUGCUUGGAUUUUUCAGGAAUACUCGGUUUAUUUGAACCAGUACCCACUGGGAUCAUUACAGGAUUAUGAGGAGUGCCUUAUUUCACUGCUGUUGGGUUUACAAGCAAAACCUGAUCACAAAGAUAAAUUUUUUUCAAGACUGGUCCUAGAAGCCCCUGUUGUUACAGAUGGUGUGCUAGAAGUAAUCAAACGUUGCUGUGAGGAUGAAACUACAGCAUAUUUAGGUAUGUCUACCUUUCGAGAUCUAAUCUUUUCACGACCAGCAAGGAGGUUUCAGUACCUACAUGUGCUCCUGGAUUUAUGCUGCGGUGAGAAGGUCAUGGUUCGCAGACAGGCUGUGAUGUUUGUAAAGAUGAUGCAUGAGAAGGAUCAUCUGCAAGAGUAUAUUGAGAAGUUUGCACUGAAUUAUCUGCAGUUACUAGUCCUCCCUGUUGCACCUUCCGUGUUGUUUGUUGCAGAUGAGGAUAUAGAGGUUGCUGCUCCUUGGACAGAAGAGACUGUUAAACAGUGUUUGAGUCUAUACCUUGCUCUUCUUCCUCAGAAUCACAAGUUAAUCCACGAACUGGCAUGUGUCUAUGCAUCGGCUGUUAGCGACGUACAGUACAUCGUUCUACACAUUUUACAACAGCCGAUUCGUGAAAUGGGGUUGAAUUCUCCUGAGAUCUCAUUGCUGAUGGAAAACUGCCCAAAAGGAGCAGAAACUCUGGUUAAACACUGCCUCUAUAUCCUGAGCAAUAAAGGAUUCUAUUCUUCGAGAAGAAGCAAGCGGAUGUGUUCAAACAGACACCAAGGCAGAGAUAAGGUAAAGCUCCCCAUCCAUGAGGACCAGACAAAACUCAUCUCUUACCAGCCAGCAUAUACGACUAAGCAAUAAAGGAGAAUAAAACAGGCAAUGAAAUACUGUGCAAAAAAAGAGUUAUGUGCUUUAUAAGAGUGGAGCUGACCCCAGAAAAACUGGUUAACAUAGAAAAGAAUUAAAAAAUAUGUCUUGACAGCAAACUUCAAGUGUAAGCUCCCACAGUAAAAGAGGAAUAGAAUGGUUUGGAAUGCAUCUGUACUAGAAAGGCAGAGGACUGAAUAACAGACAAGUUUAUCACCACUGAUCAGGAAAUACCUGGCAAAUAUGUUUCACCUUUGCUUCCUGAUGCAGGACUGUUUUGUGAUUUUUCAAGCAAAAAAAAAAAAAAAAAAAAUCA